GAUAGUAGUGACAUGAAGACUAUAAAUAAACAAUCAACAACAAAAACGACAAAGAAAAAUAUUAAUGGACGAUCGAAAACAUUUUUAAAAGCAAAACAAUUCGUGGAAACGAAUGAAAAAUUAUACCAAGAAUUACGAAAAUUUAAUCGACCACGAGAAGAAUAUGAUGAAAUUGAAUCAUUAAAAAUACAUUUCAAUUCCACACAAUGGUCAUUGGAGGAUCGUUUAUCAUCCAUUGUUAAACAAGAAUCGGAUCUAAAAUUAGAAUCAAAGUUAUUUCAAUCAUGGUUACGUGAUGAAUGUGGUCAGACGAAUAAUCGUUCGAAUAGUGGUUGUGGUCGUAAUCGAAAAACGACAUUCCAUUCGUUUCAAAAAUAUUAUAAAAAACGUCGUGAUCAAGAACGAUGGAAGCAACAUAAUCUACGCGGUUGGCCAUUGAAUGGUUCAAUUUAUAUAUCAUCAGCAUCAUUAUCGAAACGACAUUGGUAUUAUGAAAAAUUGAAACUAAAGGAUGAAUUUCUUCCACCAUUGGAUACUGCGUUAUUGUUACCUACACCAUCACCAUCCACAUCAUCAUCAUCUUCGUUAUGUACAGUUAAAACCGAUGAAAUGAAUGAUGAUUUAGAUGACGGUUCACAUAAUUGGGAAUUAGUAUCAUUGGAACAUGCAUUCAAUGCAUUUCCAUUAACAUUUCAAACAACUAAUCCUAAAGUAAAAUCAUUAUCAUCAUCUUCGGCAAAUAUUUGUGAUGAAAUUACCACCAUAUCGAAUGAAUCGACAUUUAAUCGAUCGGAAAAAUUAUCAUCAUCAACGAAUAUUCAUCAUCGAAAAACCACGGCCGGAUUGAAAAAGAAAUCGAAAAAAAUCCGCAAGAAAAAUCGUACGGCAAAUAAUGCACGUUCAACAAAAGCUGUACAACAACAACAAUUAGCUAGUCAAUCAACAAAUGUUAAUGAGUCAUCAAUAAUUGCUGCCAGUCAAGAUUCUUCUUCCGAAUAUAUGACACUAUUUUCAAUGGAAAAAUGGGAAAAAUUUCAAACAUUUAUUCAACGAAUUGUUUUGAAUAUUGAACGAAGAAAUUGGGAACCAUUGCAAUCAUAUUUACGUUUUGCAAUCAAUGAUUUCGUACGGUUUGAUUUAUUAAUCAAUCAUGAUUUACAAACAAUAUGGUCGAUAAUCGCUACAAUUAAAUAUGAAUCAGAACCAAUUAUUGAACCGGAAAAUAUGCCAUUACCAGCCAAACGACGAAGACGUAGUAGUUCAAAAGUAUUGGAAUAUUCAUUUAUGGAUUCUAAUUCAUUAUCAUCAUCGUCAUUAUCACGUAAACGUAAUCGUUUAAAUGGUAUGAUCAGUAAUAAUGAUGAAAGUUUUAGAAAUGGAUCCAAAAGUCCUACACCACCACCAUCGUGUAUCAAUAAAUCUUCCACAUUAUCGCCUGUAACCUUCCAUAUGCCAUUAAUGACACGAACACAAUCGAAAUAUUUUUUUGAAAAUGUUAUCAAUGGUGGUAGUGGUGGUAAUUCAACACCACCACCAGUCACAACAACAACAACAUUCAAAAAUGCACAACAAUUACAACAAUAUCUAAUGGAACGGGUAAUAUCAAUGGAAUCAUUACAGAAACUUUCUCAUGAUAUUCAUCAACGUCAUUCAGUAUUGAAAAUAUUGAAAAUUUUUGAUGAAUUUUUUAGUUCAAAAUUUAAAUCUUCUUAUCAAUCGCUUAACAAUCAUGUAAUAAAUAACUCUACGGAAUCUUCAUCAACGAUGGAAACGGCCAUUGGAUCAUCACCCAACAUAAACAUGGCAACAUCAAAAUCAACAAAAACAACUUAUCGUAUUUAUAACGGAAAACGACGACGUCGUAAACGUUCAUUGGUCAUAUCUUCAGUGGAAUCAUCGAUGACUAGUCAACAACAAUGCUCAAAUCGAAAAAAUGGAAAAAAUUCUAUCCAGAAUCAUCAUCAGCAUCCACAAUGUCAUGGUGUUGAAUGUUCAAUUAAAUUUGAUAUGCCGAACAUAUCACGUAUCGAUAUGGAUCAAUCAUCAUCAUCAUCUAUUCAAGAAUUUGAUAAUAAUAAUGAUUUUUUGGAUCCUAAUGAAUAUUUAUUUGAUGGUACAAUGGAAUUGUUGAAACAAACUGAGCAAAUGUUUGCCAAUACUACCGGUAAUUCAUUUUUUCCCAAAUCAAAUUUAUUUAAUGGUAAUGAUGCUUGUGGUACUGGUGGUGAAUCAUCUUCAUGUUCUGAAUCCCGAUCAUACAGUCAAUGUAAUAGUCCAAGAAGAUUAUGGCAGCAAUCAACUAGUAAUAAUCGUAGUAAUAAUAAUAAUAUUUCGCCAUCCAAAUGUGAAAUGAAAUUACGAUCAAGAUCAUCAAGUUCAUCAUCGAAUUCGAUUCAAUUUGGUUCGUUGGAUGAAUCAUCUCAGGAUCGUGAUCAUCACAAUAAUCGUGAACAUUCAACAUUUAUGACAUGGGAAUCGAAUAAUUCAACGAUAUUUAAGAAUUUUAUUGAUAUUAAUUUCGAUGAAAUUGAAUCACCAACAAUAGCCAACAAUCAAAUUAAUGAUAAAACAAGAAUGAUGAUACGUACACGUGGUGGUAGUAAACGUUUAGCUGCUGCUGCGGCUGCCGCAGCUGCAGCAGAAAAAGAAUCUAAUCGAAUCGAUGAAAGUAAUCAUCAUGAUAAUCAGAAUAAUAAAAGCAAAUAUUUGGCCAUUAUAAUCGAACAGAUUGAAAAUCAAUUACGAUUGUUGUCCGCAAAAAAUCAAUCACGUUUGUCCGCCAUUUGUGAUAUGUUUUGUCAAGAUUAUCACCUUGAUCAACUGGAAUAUCGUUUAGAAAGAUUAGAUUUCGAAAUAAUUGAUCUUUAUCAUCAAUAUUUAUUUAAUGAGAAAAAAUUCACCGAUGAAGAAUUGGAAUCCUGUUUAUCCAGGCUAGAAGAUCAUUCACAAUUGAAUAAUGAAUAUUUGAUUAAAUCAUUAUAUUUGAUGACAUUGGCACCAAAUUCACAACAUAUGACAUUGGCAUUUUGUCAACAAUCCAAAUUGAUGUCAACAUUAAUGUCGAAAAUGAUGAUGAAUAAUCAAUGUUCAAUGUUUAAAGAUUUAUUUGAAUCAAUAAUGAUGACAAUAACAACAGGUCGUAAUCAUCAACAACAACAAUCAACGUCAUUAUCAUCAUCUUUAUCCAUAUCGAAUAUACAACAAGAAUUAUGGAAAUUAUCCAAACAUAUUGAUUGGUCAUUAUUGGAUAAUAAUAAUAUUAAUGAGUGCAAUGAUUAUAAAAUUGAUGAUGGUCACGAUAUUGAAGAUAAUGAUGGUGGUGGUCACAAUUGUAAUGAGUCAUUAUCAUCGAUUAAAAGAAAAUUAUCCUUUGAUGAGAUUGCCAAGAAUAUUGUAAUUGCUCAUGUAAAUGAUCAUAAUAAUCAUCAUGCUGUUGAUGCAAUGGAUAAUCUGAUUGCUGAAUCAUCAACAUCAACAUUAUCAUCGAAUAACAAUAAUGAUUUAUUGGAUAAUUAUUGUCUUCAUUAACAGAAAGAAUUUGAAUUGAUUGAUUGAUUUAGUUGAUUUUCACACAAUUUUUUCUCAAUCUUCCUUUUCCGGGAAAAAA